AUGGGGAUCCCCUCGAACCCCUAUCGAUCCCCUAUCGAUCCCCUGUCCCCCCCCCAGGCCAUCGAUGACGAUUGCAACCAGACCGGGCAGCUCCUCGCCGCCAUGUUGGACUGGCCGCAGGGCACGUUCGCCUCGCGGGUGCAGCUGGAGGACGGGGCCGUGCGCGUGGAGCGCGAGGUGGACGGCGGCCUGGAGACGCUGCGGCUGCGGCUGCCCGCCGUGCUGACGGCCGACCUGCGGCUCAACGAGCCCCGCUACGCCACGCUGCCCAACAUCAUGAAAGCCAAGAAGAAGCCCCUGGAGGUGAUCCCCGCGGCCGAGCUGGGCGUGCCCGCGGGCGCCCCCCGGCUGAAGGUUCUGGAAGUGCGGGAGCCGCCCCCCAGGGCCGGGGGGGAGAAGGUGGAGAGCGUGGAGAGCCUGCUGGGGAAACUGAGGCACGCCGGCCGCAUCUGAGCCUCCCAGUUCAUCCCAGUGCCUCCCAGUUCGUCCCAGUACCAUCCCAGUUCAUCCCAGUGCCAUCCCAGUUUGUCCCAGUUCAUCCCAGUGCCGCAGGGAGGGGAGAGCGUGGAGAGCCUGCUGGGGAAACUGAGGCACGCCGGCUGCAUCUGAGCCUCCCAGUUCAUCCCAGUGCCUCCCAGUUCAGCCCAGUACCAUCCCAGUGC